AUGACUCGAAACCUACUCGUGCCCUUCCUUCUCCUCCACGGUAGUAUUGCAGCCCAGCCUUCAGCGCCUGCGCCAAUAGCUGCACCGUUACGCGACCUCCCAUGGGCUCAGUUGAAUUUCUUGCAUACCACUGACAUACACGGCUGGUGGGGUGGACACACUCAGGAAGCGUCUUUUUCCGCUGAUUGGGGCGAUUACAUAUCAUUUGCCAAACACUUACGCGACCAGGCAGACGCUGAUGGCUCCGACUUGCUUGUUGUUGACACUGGCGAUCGGGUAGAGGGAAACGCCAUCUAUGACUCUUCCAAACCCCGUGGUAAAUUUACUUACGAAAUUGCCAAGGAGCAAAGCAUCGAUCUGAUUUGCUCGGGCAACCACGAGCUUUACAAGGCAGAAACCGCAGAAGGCGAAUUCUUCCAUACUGUUCCAGACUUUAAAGGCAACUAUCUGGCCUCCAAUCUGGAUAUCGUCAAUCCCAACAACGGGCAGCGUCAACCGCUUGCACCACGGUAUAAGAAAUUCAAAACGAAAAAUCAAGGCAUUCGGAUCCUAGCAUUUGGUUUUAUCUUCGACUUUACUGGUAACGACAACAACACUUUUGUAGUCCCUGUUGAACAGACCGUGAAGGAAGCCUGGUUCAAAGACGCGCUGAAAGACAAAGACAUCGAUCUAGUCCUUGUAUACGGUCAUGUCGACAUCCGCUCCACCGAGUAUGCUCUACUCUAUAAAACAAUUCGAUCCGCACAAUGGGAUACUCCUAUCCAGUUCUUCGGUGGGCAUUCUCACAUUAGAGACUACAAGAUCUUCGAUUCGACAUCCGUUGCCUUAGAGAGUGGUCGGUACAUGGAGACGAUAGGCUUCAUGUCCAUCAAUGGACUCCGUACUGGCGGUUCCGACAGGAUACCAGCGCAGCAGCAGAAAGCAAGGUUGUCGUUCUCUCGAAGAUACAUUGACAACAAUCUAUUCUCUAUGCACCAUCACACCAAGAAAAACAGUACCACAUUCCCGACCAAGCAUGGACUACACGUCACAUCUGCUAUCAGCGACGCGAGGAAGUCACUAGGUUUAGGCGAACGCUACGGGUGUGCACCACGGGACUUGUGGGUUUCGCGCCGCCCAUAUCCCCACAAAGAGAGCAUCUUCACAUGGCUGGACACACAAGUCCUUCCACAGUCUAUGAAGCCUUCGGAUGAGGCCAAGCAAGCCAUAGUAAUCAUCAAUACGGGCGGAAUUCGUUUCGACAUCUUCAAGGGGCCUUUCACAAAGGACACCAAGUUUCUUGUUUCUCCGUUUACAAGUUCAGUACGGUAUAUCAAGGACGUGCCCUACAAAGCUGCCAGCCGGCUCAUCAAGCUUUUGAAUAAUGAGGGUCCAAUCCUAGACGCUAUGAGACAGAGUGCUACGUACCUGCAGCCGCCGGAGCAUGUCGCUGCGCAGUACAGACCUGAGCUAUAUAUUGCUAGCCAGCCGCAGGAGCUGCACGUUUAUGUCGGUCACGAUUAUCAAACCCCGCUAUUAGAAGGCGACGAAGACGAGCUAUUUCCGGGCUACACUACGAACGAUGAUGCUGGCAAGGAUGGGGACGAUACGAUCCAUUCAGUCAUCCCCUUCUACAAGGUGCCGAACUGUGUGCAAGCCAGCAUCGGUUUCAAUAUCGAAGAUGAGGAGACGCCUGAAGUUGUAGACGUUAUGUACAAUGAAUUCCUCCAGAAAUGGAUAUUGCUCGGACUGGAGUAUCUCGGAGAGAGCUAUACUACGUAUGAUACGCAUUCGUACGCCGAUGGCAAGAGCUUCACGAACAUCAUGACGGACUGGGUAAAAAAGCACUGGAACGUGGCGAGUGAGAAAUGUCCGUGA